AUGCAUUUUUCUUGCUUUUUUGAGCGCUUCUAUCUUCUCACACAUCGAAUCAUUUCCUUCGUCCAAUUAGUGCUAAUUAUCUAUUCGUUAAUUGCUCUGACCUAUCAAUUAAUUCAAAGAAAUUGGCCAUUUUUCGAUCGAUUUUUCGAUCCACCCACAUUUUUGAUCUUCUCCUCGAUUGCUCAUGCUUUUUUGAUCAUUCAAUCGAUCGAAUUGAUUGGAGAAUCGAAAAAAACCGAUGAUUGUUCUGGAAAAGUGAUAGUGGAGAGUGUGGAAACGCAGAGAAACGAGAUGGGACGGAUGAAAAUGGCUCUGGUUGAAGAGAUCGUCAAGGAGGAUCAGGAUUUCAAAAUUCAUCUGAAAAUCACUGAUCCAUCUGGCGCCCCCAAAUCCCUCGCCGACACUGAUUUGAAUACAGAAGUUUCGAGAAAGUUCGAGAUGAAUUCCGAUUAUCGAUUUAUCGAUUUCUCCCGGGAAAUCAAUACGAAGACAUCGGUGGAGACGUCGAAGCAUCAGAAGACGACUCCAGAAGAUUCUGAUGAUGGAUUUUUGGCGCCGAAUUCGAAAUUUAAUGGGUGUAGAAAGCAACCCAAACCGCUGAGCCCAAGGAGAAUUUUGUGA